AUGAUGAGGAAUGCUUAUCAACCCAGAUUAAAUUUUGAUGCCAUUGAGAGAGGAUCACUGGCAAAUGAUGAUGAGGAUGAACAAGUUAUUGGUGCCAAUUCGGAAACACUUGAUGGUCAAGUACCAGUUGAAAAUAAGGAAGCUAGGAUUUUAAGGAUUCGGGAAACAUUUGCAGCUCUUGAUUGGAAUAAGGAUAAGAAAUUGGAUGCUUGUGAUUUAUUAAAAGUAUUGAAGAAAAUUAAGGCUCCAAAAGAAUAUAUCGAUGAUGUUGAAACAAUAUUAUGGGAAGUUUGUGAUAACAAUGUACACAAUUAUCUUUUAGUAUCGGAUUUGGAAGAAAUAGUGUUUCGAGUGAUGAGUGAAGAAAAGAAGGCACAUUCAAUUGCUCCAGAUCGUCUUGUAAAUAUAAUGGAUUUUGUGAGUAAGGAUAAAAACUUAACAGGUUAUAUAAGUGCAAGUCAAUGCAUUUUACUAUUGCACAAUAGAUUUGGAGAAUCUUUGAAAAUUGGAACAAUACAUGGAGUAAACCAAGAAGUAGAAGUAGAAGAAUUAGGAGAAAAAGAAGAAACAUUCUAUUACGAUAUUAAUGAUGUAAUUAAAAAUACAGAACAAGCAAUGAAUGAAAGUAAAUCAACCUCACCAUACAAAUCCAAAUUUGAAAUUAUCAAGAGACACAUUAAACAAUUAUCGAUAUGGUCUAAAAUUCUAGUAGUUUUAGUAAUUAUACUUGUAUUGAGUAUAUUUGUGGCAGGUAUAACAGCUAUAGUAUUUAAUGCAGUUAUUAGACAAUCUUAUGCAGUUUAUUUUCUUGCUUCUUUAUAUUUAUUAAGUGGAAUGACAUUGAUUUAUUUUGCCAUAUUUGCAAUCAUGACAGAGAAUGAAUACUUGUUAUUUGCUUUUUUAAUUAAAUCAUUUUGGGGAGCAACACAAGCAGCAUUUAUGAUAUAUCAAUCAGUUACAUUAUUAAUUGAUGCCAAUGAUGGUAAACAAGAGGAACAUGAUGCAUUAAUUAGAACUUUUAUGUGGAUUGUUAUAUUUUUAAUUAUUGUACCAACAGGUCUAUAUUUUGUUGGUUUAAUUUUAUUUACAAUCAUUUUAAUACCUGUUUAUAGAUCAUUUGGAUGGAAAAUUUAUAGACGUGUUGGAUCUUCACCUGAAUUAGUGAGAUAUUAUAGAUUCUAUUGUAUUUAUAAAUCAAUGAUUCAAGUAGAUAUCAUGUGUUUAACUGCUUUAUAUAUAAUGGCUUUAUUUUGGUUAAAAUUUGAUUGGAUUCCUUGGUCACAUUUGGGUUUAUCAUUUGGUUACGUAUUUUCCAUUUUAUUAAUUCCAAUUUCAAUUUAUUUGGGUUUAAAAAAGGAAUGGUACAUUGUACAAAUAUUUGUAAUUUUAUUUGAUUUGGUUUUACCAAUUUAUUUAAUUUAUAAAUUAAUUGAAGCUUGGAUUAAAAAGGAUGAAAUUAUUAAUGAAGAUAGUGUUUUGGAAAAAUUAGAUAUUAUGGUCAUUAUGACUAUUAUUACUACUUUUGCUGUUAUUGUUAGAAUUUUAGUUAUUAUUUUUGCUAUUAUUUGUACUGUUAAUUUUAGAAAGGGUUUAAAGAGAAUAUUUGAAAGAGAUUUUAUUAAUAUUAAAAAGAGAAUAUUCAAAUUAUUAAGAAUUAAAAGACCAAUUAUUGAACAAGAAACCUCCAUCAAUAAUACAAUUGAAAUGGAAAAUGAAAAGACAGAUAAAAAAUCAUCAAUUAAAACAGAAAGUUAUUCACCACCUUCACAAACAACAACAACAACAUUGAAUGAAACAAAUCCAUCCUCUCACAAUUAUAAAUCAGAAAAGAAGAAGAAAAAGAAGAAGAAGAAGAAGAAACACGAUCAACUCAAUGUUGCAUUUCAAGAAUUGUAA